CAGGAAGACCUACGAAGGGACGACGUUUAGGACCUUCUUCCUCACGUCCGUCUUCGACAGUGCUGGGAUGGACUGGGUCAAGGAAGACAAGAAGGUCUUCCUUGACCUGCGUCUCUUCCAAGGAUACGGAUGAGCAAACCUUUGGUCCAAUUCAACAGUCCAAUGGACCUGCUGCCAGGUGUGGUUAAGCGGUACAGGGAAGACUUCUCAAAGCUGCCGCCUGAUCAGCAAACGGACUGUGUUUUUUUGCCCUUCGAGGCGGGUUCCAAGAGCAGGCGACAAACACCGUCCGCGACGACAGGGAAGACAAAGCAGUUGCCGGGUGGGCCGUCGGGCACGAAUCUUCCCUCGCCCUCCGUGAGGGGAGGUCGUGAUUUGGCUCAAGGUUCAAGCGAGGCAACGGAGUUUGAUGACAUGCUUCUGCACCAGCGCAAUGUUGGCCGUGAGAAUUCCCAGGGCAGUGCAAUUGCCCUGGACGAGGACAACGACGAGGACGAGGAAGGAGGAAGUGUUGGGCCGCAUGACGACGGCAGUAAUGAAGCAGAUGUGGAAGUUGGGGAUGACAACAUGGAGGACCAGGGCGGGCUUGCUGACGAGGAUGCCGACACGCCAAUGCAUGGUCAUGACAUCUCCCCCGCCAGCGCUGUGGGAGCCGCUAUUGGUCAGCCCUCGACGUCCCGUGGAAUUUCGCUAUCGCAAAGCAGGAGUAAGGGUGGGCACGACUCACAUGCAAUUCAAGGACCGAAGGCGAGGAAAAGAACAAGGGAGACUUCUCCGUCUGCUUCUACUCACAAGAGGCAAGCCAGGACUGACGCUGUUAAUGAGGCUUGUGGAGCUUUGACAGCGUCCCAGGAGGUGCGGCCUCCUCGGAAGAACAGUCCAGGGGGGCGAUCUUGGGGUCAAGGCGGUGGCCGUGGAGGGGCGCGGAAAGGCUCCCAGAGGGUGAGACCACAAGAGCUGUGGGACUCGGGGGAUGAGGGCGAGGGAGUGGAUCCUCGCAUGCCCGAAGAUGCUGAUGAGCCGGUUCAGCGCGUCGCGCCCAUCGACACUACGCAUUGUUUCUUCCUCGAAUACGACGACCAAGGCUUUGCUACGCAAGACGUCCAUGCUGUUCACGUGGACGUCAUGAGAAUCAAACGCAUUCCCCGCGGAAGGAUUCUUUUCAACCACCGCUCGUUGUCUGAAAACAUUUUGCGAGGCAUCGAGAAUGCCAUCGAAAGCUCCAUCGGCACGGACCUGGGGGCGUGGGAUAGGCCCGAGCUCGUGCUUGCGCCAGUUGACCGCAAUGACAUUGUCGGUGGCCAGGGAAGACGGAUCACGCCGACCGAAUUCUUGGAAAGGGACCUGGCAGAGUUCGACUGGUACGCUGUUUGUGGUCAGCAUACCAUUGAGGCCAUGAAGAGAUUGGUCAGAAAGGGAUCCCCGGCAGUUAAAGUUUAUGCCCUUAACGCGUACUCUAAGGUGCGGGUCGUCUAUUUCGGAGAUGAUCAAACACGAGGGUAUUUCAAUGUCUCCUGCUUCGACAACACACGUGAAAAUCGCUCCAUGAUGUUGUCAUUCGAGGACGCUGUCUGUGACAUCAGGCAAUGGUGGAUAGACAACAAUAGAAUCGAGGCCCCGAAAGCCAAGGUCAGCGAGAAGGAUGAGGUGGCCGUUGCACAUCAGAAGACGUGGCAGAACUUCUUGAGGGUCUGCAUGGGGAAGGCAUGCGACAAGGCGUUUGUAAAGCAAGCUCUCGAGAAUGAGUACAGUAAGGAUUGGAGUAAUAAACUCCGGGGCUACAUGAACCUCGCCACAUCCAGUGUCGCAGUGUGGCCACUGGUCGAGAGGGCCGCCAUCGUGGACAUCCCAUCCUCGAACUUCAGCACGGCGUGGACCUCUCACGAAUUUGAUGCCUUGCACACAUUGAUGACCAAGUGUUGUGGCCAGAAUUGGGUCCUUUUCUUCUUUGCGCCGCAGAAGGUGCAAAGCGAUGUUCUGCGUCACUUGUUCCGCUGGGAGGACGUCGAAGUCAUCCCCGGGACCUGGAAAAGGGUGGACAGGCCACCGAAUGACAUCACACGAUACGGAAAUAUGGCUACGACGAGUCGAGAUAUGAUGGCCAUUGUCCUGCACGCCGACGAAGAGGAUCUGAAAAAAGUAACUGUCAAACCCCGACUCCACAACGACCUCACAACCGUGCACGUUGUGGAGGAGAAGUUCGGGAAGUGUUAAGGUUAACACGGUGGGAUAGAGGGCGAUGAUAGUGCGGUGUAUUCCAUCU